CAUUGUUGAGUUUCUGUUCACGACUUCAAUUUAUCUCACCGAUAAUACUCAUUACCUACAAUCCAGAGGAGAUGGGUGACCAGUUCCACGCCUCGACUCCGUAUGGAGACCAACAAUACGAACCAUCAGCAGGCCACUCCACUGUGCGUACCACACAAUCGGUGAUCUCUAAUUCCUCAUCCGUCUUCAACUCGAUCCCUAUUCAUCAGCUGCUUCCUCCAAUGCAUCAGCAGAUUGUCGCAAUGCCAACCGCGCCUCAACAAGGUCCCGACUACGGCAGAGACGAGUUGAUUUCGCGUUUUCUUGGCUGGGAACUAACGGUAGACAUUCGUGGCACUCUGUCGGAUGCGAAGAAAAAUGGGAAGCCAAUAGCUACCGAGUGGUUUGAACUGUGCAAGAAGCUCGAAGAAGAUUACGCUUCCAAAGGUGACGCAUGCCGCAACUUCACCUAUGAUACAAUCUGGCGUCCCAUGAAACUUGAAAAUUACUACAACUUCAUCAAAGAGGAGACCGCGAAAUACUAUUCUCUUGAGUAUGGAAGGAUCGACUGGGCCAGGAUUGAUCGACAAGACAUGGCUGAACCCCGGAAGGAAGAACUGCUAGAGAAUUUGGUUAUGAAGGGGGAGUCAUUGGCUGGGUGUGUCAAGAUUUUGAAGGACUCAUUUCCUAGGAUCAGUCCAUCCACCAACAAUCCAUGGUUGGGAUAAAGCCGCAUUUCCGACGACCUUUAGCUUAUUCACCAAAUGGUAUGAUCAUUUCACGUCAUAUGCAUUGGGUGGGUCAUUUUCUCUUGUCACUGGUACUUCAUUAAUAUCCGAUGCUCAAGAAAGCAUAUUGCGAGUUCAAACGAUGAGAAUCUAGACGUUCUACCUCUGAGACGCUUUGAGUACAUCAAUCCACAAAUAAUGGUGACUCGUGUAAACAUGUCUUUACCUGUUAUGUGAUUCAUUUUCUGUUUCAAUAAAAUCCUAACUAUCUUAUUGAACUCUGUG